UUGGUGUAUCUGUAAAAUUAACCAGAAGUGUAUUUAUUGUUAUAAUUUUUGUAGGAAAAUGUCUUGUUUGUGUCUAGUUUGGACUUUAUUUUUCGUGUUCCCUUUCAUACAGACUGUGUAUAGCAGUGGUAUCGUAGAAAUCCGAUUAUUGAAAUACAUCAAUGCUGGAGGCGUUGGUUCAAAUGGGCAUUGCUGUGAUGGAAGGGGACCGUUCUGCUUCAGUCACUGUGAUCAUAAGUUUAGAGUUUGUAUAGAUGAUCCAGAUGGACCAGAAGAUAUCCAUACCUGUCCAUACUACCAUAAAGAUUCAGGAGAGAUCCAGAACAGUAAUAUUGUGACAUUCGGAUCGUCUAUAGCAGGCAUACGUAAUCCUAUUAUAAUUCUCUUUGACUCUUGGCCGGGAGAACUGAAACUGAAAGUAGAAGUAUGGGAUGUAGAUGACAAUAACAAUGAUUAUGUAGAUUUCCUUAGUGAUGUGUUUGGUCUAAAAGCCGCCAGAUCUAAACUGGAGGCCCCUGUAGCAGCAUUCCAAAUAAAGAAAAGAACACUUUUAACAUACAAUGUUAAGGUUUAUUGUGAUGAAUUCUAUUAUGGAGAACAUUGUGAGAUAUUUUGUAAGCCGUCUGAUGGAGACUUUGGACAUUAUAAAUGUGACUCGACAACUGGAAUGCAGAUAUGUGAUCCAGGUUGGAGUGGCCAAUUUUGUGAUGAAAGCAAUAUAGAUGAAUGUCAGUCUUGUAAUGUGUCUCAGACAUGUAUAAAUACUCCUAGCGGUUAUGGUUGUGUAUGUCCCGAUGGUUUUAAAGGCUAUAAUUGCGACGAAUCUAUUAACGCCACAUGUAAGCCUGACACAUGUAUGAAUGGCGGCACGUGUAAUAUAGUUCGGGGUCAUGUGAUUUGUGAUUGUCCCCAUGGAUUUAUUGGUCUCACUUGUAACAUGGAAUUUGAUAUGUGUGCUGAUAUAAGCUGUCAAAAUGGCGGAACGUGCAUGAUAAAACAUUCUGAUUUUUACUGUCGUUGCACUUCUACAUUUACGGGAAAAUACUGUGAAGAUAAAUUGGAGUCAAAGAUCAUGAUGAUUUUAUCCACUCCUACAAACGAAACAAUCGAACCUGUUUCCUCUGCACUUAAUUCAACCGAAUUGACACAUAUAGACGAAACUACUUUUAACACAACCAAUCAAACGGUUGACAAUGCAAACAAUAAAACAGAUAUUGUAAAAUCUACAGAAACAACAACAUCUUUAUCUAGUACGACUAUGCCAAUAACGUCAACAGUCAAACAGAACAUAGAAACAACAACUGAGACAAUCACCAGACCUUACCUGACUGUUAGAGGAAGGGUGGAUAAAAAUAAUAGAGAAAUCGUUGGGAAAGGAAUUAGAAAUUUAUUGUAUGAUUUAAUGAAAGUAAAAGACCAGCUAUAUUUGAGUAUCCAGUAUAAGGUGAAAACAACAUCGGUAGGGGAUAUUGUCAGCGAAAUAAUCAUAAUGUCAGCCAAGGAUGGACAUCAUACAGUAAACAGUACACUUAUACAGCAUAUUUUUGACGAAACACCGACGGAAAUCAUCGAAAGUCAUAUACAUAUGCCAAUAGUACGAGCAAAAUCUUCUAUUGCUCACUUACACGAAGUUGAUCCUCAUAAAAACAGUUUUAUGCAUGUAUACUGGUACGUUGUGGUCAUACUAGUUUUGGUUGUUUGCUGUUUAAUUAUAGCUGUGGGAAUAUUUAUAUGCUUCAAACAUAAAAAAUUAGCUGAACCUAACAACAAAGAAGAAAUACCAAAUCAAAAUCCAGGAAUAAGUCAACCAACUUCAUCACAGUCGUUUGAGAAUUCACUCUACUUUGAAGUGAAGAAAAACAAUACGCAGAAUAAUACAAACUUAGCUUAUUCGUCAGUGCCAUAGAACGGAGUUUGGAUAAUAGUGCCGAAAGAAAUUAAUCGUUUUAUAAGUUCAUUAAUCGAUAUAAAUGCAAUGCCUAUUGCCGUUUUUUAUUCCAUUAAAUAUAUUGAAAGACAUCGGUAACAGUGGUUUUAAUAUAAUAAUUUCAAAAUUGUCUACAUGUAUAGACGAUUGUUUCUAAAGUUGUUACCGUUUCAGGACUUCGGGUGAUGUCGUUUUAUUUACAAUAAUGAAGCAUUAAGAAAUCAAAUGAUAUUCAUUGAGAUUUGGAACUUUGAAUAAAUCCGGCAGAAAUUUAAGGACGCGGAUCAUAAAAAAAGGUUUGAUACAUCAAGUUUAAAAUUUUCUCUGUGAUUAUAUUGUUUGCUUUUUGUCUCGCGUAUUAAAAAAAAACAUAAUACUUUAAACCAAUAAAGUAUCAAACCACGGCAACAGCCCUACCUUCAUGAAUUUCUUUUUUUAAAUCCUCCAUGAAUCAGAACUAGAUGUCACGUAGAGUUGUAACAGAGAGCCGAAAUAGACCAUGUCUGUAUAGUUAAGAGAUAUUUUGUUAUUGUACUAUCCAGAUUUAAUAAAGUAGAUUUCCUUUUUGUUUAUUAUAUUCUAUAGUACACCAACAAGAAUUCAGAGUAUAUCUAUAUCAAUGACAUGUUUGUUUCAUAUUGUUUAUGUGUUGCAUAGGUUUUUGAAAAAUAUCAUUUUAACUCAUCCUAUACGUAUCACUUAUGUGUAUAGAUGCAUUCCGCUUCUUAACAGUGAAUUCUUAAAUAGCUACAUUACAAACAUUUAGUAACGCGUUGAUGUUUUUUCUAGUUUUGGAAGACAAUUCGAACGGUUUAAGAGUCGGGUCUCACAGUACAAUUGCAUUAUAGGUUAUCACAUACAUAUCUGAAACAGUCAUUUAAUUUUACACUGUAUUAAAAUGUUUACAGUAUACUUACACAUACUAUUACUAAAUGUAUAUACUUUUCUGUAUAAGUUUUAGAAAAUUUGGUCUUUGUGCUCUAUUUCUGCUAAGGAUAUUACCAAAGAUAUAUAGGUUUAGAAGCUAGAUGGGGACAUUUUCGGAGCUGCCAGACAGAAUAUUAACUAGUAAUAUUUGUUUUUCUGUCAUGGAAACUGGUAUAUUUUGGGGAAUUAAAGAAAUUUUUCAUAAUUAUAAGGAAUUCGAAAAGAUUAAUAAUAUUAAUAAAUGACAAGAUUUGAAACUGUACUGUUAAAUGAUAUAUACAGUUAACAAUAAUUUGAAUCCACCAUAUAUUGAUAAAUGUUGCUACCUGUCUGUAUGUUUGCUUUUGUUGCCCUCUUAAUUUGAACUGCAACAUGUACGCUUGUAAUGUGGUUUUUGAUUUUUACAAUAUUUAUAAUUGCCAAAUUGAUACAGUCAGAAAGAACAUAUUUGUCAUGAUAUAACAUACAUGUAUUGGUUUAUAUAAAAAAAAUAUGACAUUCUUAAGUAAUACAUGUAGCUUUUCAACAACAACAAAAAAAUAA